UCAUCUCGCAAUUUUCCUAAAGAUCCCUACCUCUUAAUACAAGUGACUAGCGUAUGUUGCGGGAACGAAAGAGUUAAUCCGAGUUAGAAAUUCAUGCCACAUCUGUCAGAUUUUUAAGUGUGUGACGUUCAGAGGGUGAGAGAGGGAGGAGGAGAGAAAAACGGGGCUGAGAUCGAUAGAGACAGAGGAAAGGGAAGGAGGGGGAUGCACAGAGAUAAUGACAGAAAGGGAGCUGGGGUUGGAGACAUACACAGAGCGUUUGGCAGUAUAGAGCAGAGCAAAGCGCCUACAAGAUUCAGAAGAAGAGGCGUCUUAUUGCAUCCCGCUCGUAUUUGACUCCGUAACGAUUCGCCCGAAAGUGAACUAAACUGUGGAGACGGACCGCCGCCUUUUCAAACCAAGAAUCAUGUCGAUGGUUUACAAAAGUAGCUCAGCUCGAUAGCAGUUUGUUUUUGGAUUAUCGAUCUCAUCCGAUAGGAAAACAUUGUACAUUGUCGGGAUUCUUGUUUUCCCUCCGCGGCUGUGCGUCGGUCAUCUGCUCCAGCAUCGCCUGUGCUGCGUGGAGGCUUUCCACGGUCAAGGACAAGGUGCGUUUAAGGAGCACAUAAAAUACGGAAAAUGAACUCCUGUAUCCGCCUUUGAAAUCGGGCCGAAAUCCCCCCAAAAUAUUCACGGACUUCAGUGGACGUACAGGCCUAUCACUUUGCAAACAUUUACACUUACUAAGAGAUAUCUGAAAGUAAGAUAUUUUAAGACAUAUUUUGUAGAAAUGGAUGGGAAUAUGGGAGAGGUGUCGGUUCACAGUCAUGUGGAGCUUGCUCACAGUCAAGACAGUCGAGUGAUGCUGCACUCUCGAGACGUCUCUGCUGCCUUCUCGCGUCCCGCUUUGGGAAGCCCCCACAUGGGCCUGGAACAUGAGCACAGAAGCCCUGGUUACGAGCACAGUAUGUCAACACUGGGCUAUGGCAGGGAGAGCCCUGCAAACUGUGGCAGCACCUACACCACUCUCACCCCACUGCAGCCGUUUGACGACAAGUUUCACCAUCAUCACCACCAUCCCUGUUUGCCUGUCAGCAAUGUAAUCGGUAGCUUUACACUCAUGCGGGAAGACAGAGGCCUCGGAGGCAACUUCUAUAACCCCUACAGCAAAGACUUGGGCAUGGCACAAACUCUAUCGCCACCUCUGGGCAGCUCAGGUCUGGAACCAGCCAUGCACAGCUACAGCUCUUUAGGGACCCAGAAUGGACACAGUGGCCAGAUGUUAGCAGGAAGCCAUGAGGUCCAUAUGGGCGGCAAUGGGGGUAACCUAUUCUGCCGAACAGUGGCAGACUUUGGAAGGGAAAUGUCACCUCCCUCUCUAGGCAGUGACCAUGGGGUCAGCCACCAUCUGAACAAGAUGGACAGUCACCACCAGCACAUUCCUAGCUACCACCCCCAUAUUUAUACCCAGAGCUACCAGCAUCAUCACCCCAGCCAGCAGGCCUCAAAGCUAGGCGAGCUUUCUGUUUCUUCCCCCUCCUCCUCCUCCUCUUCAAGUUCUGCUCUCACCAGGGAGGGUAUGUUGGCUGGUUCCCAGAGUAGCAGCGCGAGCGAGGAGAUCAACACCAAAGACGUGGCCCAGCGGAUCAUCACAGAGCUGAAGAGGUACAGCAUCCCGCAGGCCAUCUUUGCGGAGAGGGUGCUGUGCCGCUCUCAGGGCACCCUGUCCGAUCUGCUACGAAACCCAAAGCCCUGGAGCAAGCUCAAGUCUGGCCGCGAGACCUUCAAGAGAAUGUCCCGCUGGUUACAAGAGCCAGAAUUUCAGAGGAUGGCAUCAUUGCGACUAGAAGCAUGUAAGCGGAAGGAGCAGGAACAGUCUAAGCAGGAGAGGAACCAGGGACCAAAGCGUACUCGUCUGGUCUUCACAGACUUGCAGCGACGUACACUGAUGGCGAUCUUCCGAGAGAACCAGCGGCCUGCCAAAGAGCUGCAGGUGACCAUUGCACAGCAACUGGGCCUCGAGCUUUCCACCGUCAGCAACUUCUUCAUGAACGCUCGCCGCAGAAACCUCAACCGCUGGAUCGAGGAGGGACGCCCAUCCUCCACUGGGUCCUCAGGGUCCAGCACCUCCUCCCCUACUGUCUCCUGCACUACAGCGUGAUGCGAGAAGAGGCCAGAGCUCCGCAGCAUGUGAAAGAUCUGACAUCUCUGAUGCUGACAGAGGUUUUUUCUUUUUUUUAUUUUCGGAGAUGUUUUACACAGGAAUUAAAGUACAAUUGAAACCAAAGAUAAAACCCCACAGAAGAGAUAGAUUUCUCAGCAUAGUUAUCAGUGUUUAACUGGUAGUUCAUCUUUAAUUUGGGAAUAGAACAACUGAUUUUCUUUUCAAUAGAAGAAAUCAUGUCUUAAUUUCAGUAAAAGGUGAUUGACCAAGAAUGCUGCAGUAGUUUAGUGAGCAGUCAUUUUUGGUAAACUUUUGUUUAAUACAGAAAACAGAAUCAGUAUUUUAAACAUCAAGACACAUCACUUGGACAAUUUUUUUCCUAAACAACUUGAGUGCUUUAAGUUCCCUUGAUACAAUAUGUAAAGAACGUUAUGACCAAAGAGAAAUGCCAAAAGAAUGUGGAAUGAUGUUUUCUCCUUCUUUGAGAAAUGCUUGCAAGUAACUUUGUGUGGAUUUUUAGGGGUUUAUUUCAUCUUGGAUAAAUUCUAACAAAAGCUACAGCUCACCCGCUGAUCCUGCUGCCCAAGGUUCUGUGUGGAGAGCCUGAGCCUGUGAGCAGAACUGACUAGCAUCCUCUCAAACUAAACAAUGAGCCUGAAUCCUAUAGGGAUGAAAAUGGAUCCUGAAGGAGAGGGAGGAGGGGCAGAGGAUGCGUUUUUAAAGCGUACCCUCAAGAGCACUGAUCGAUUGAUUGGUGAAUCUCGUGGGAGCUGCUGCAGAGAAAUACAGACAAAGGUACAAAGAGGAAUCCUCUGUAGAUGUACAGUGAGCACCGGCUAUUAGCAUUUGUAAUUUCCAUCCACUGAUCUGAAAAUGACCAGUAGAGAAAACUCCUGUAGAUCCAUUGCAAGAUUUUCCUUGGUGCUCAUACUGGACAAUGGAGAAAUUUAUCACCAGAUAAUGGUUUUCUACAAAUAUCAAGCACACAAGCCAUGGUGGAUUACUUAAUGCCUGCUAUUCACUCUCAAAGGCAUAUCGUUUAUCAUACACAAAAAAAAUGGAUAUCAUUUGUCACUCAAAAUCUGAACUCAAUGAACUGAAAUGUACUACUAGUUUUUAUUAUUAUUAUUAUUAUUAUUAUUAUUAUUAUUAUUAUGCGGUUAUUUAUGUAUUUAUGUAUUUAUUUCCUGAUUAUUUAUUUGCUAAAUAUUGUAAGUAUUUAUUUCAUCACAUGUUGUUUGUCUAUUAACUUGUUUCUGAUGGGAAUCCCAUCAUGAUACCAAAGAUGAAGGUUUGUCCUCCCUGAAUGUAGGCUCUGCUGUUGUUUGUUUCUGUAACGAAGCUAGUGUUCUAAAAGUCCAUUUGGAAAAAAAAAAUCACAUGCAAUGCAUUCUCAAAGUGAGAGCACCUCUGACACACUGAACAAAUCUAGAAACUGCACCAGCUAAAAGACUCACAUAGAGCUACUGUAGCUGGGAAUUCAGUCUGAAAGUUCAGCUUGGCUAUAGAUGCUUUUUGACUAGGUCAGAGGCAUCCAAGUUCCUAAAUGCGUUUGCCAUUUUCACUAGACUCAAAUUAGUCGUAAUGGAUCGAUGUGAUCCCUUCAGUUUAAAUGCAUUGUGCUCUAUACAUACACAGGCCCUGUGUCUUUUGGGAUGUGCAGCACAGUGUUACGUAGGGUUCAGCGGUACAAGACAAAGUUGCAGUGCCGUUUUGGCUGUUUUCGCGUGUCACUCCGUCUUUAACCUUCGCAGGGUGUGAAGUGAGGCCCCCUUCACAGCAUGCACUUGAAAGAGGGACCAUGAAAGAGGCCAUCGACUUUUGCUGACAUGAAAGAGGCUCUUUUUAUGUGUGUCCUGUUGGAGGCUGGGGCCGAAGCUCGCCGCUCACUCAGCCAGACCCAUGGGCUUAGGGCAUUCAGAGGGGAGGGCAGAUCAGAGAAGGGCUGCAUUACCAAACCAAGGGAUAGUGAGCAGGGAGGGAGUGUUGGAGAGUGCAAAUUAAACUUUAAUGAGUGACAAUUGUAAGCGUGCUGCGAGCAGAACAAGGACGUCUGCAUCAACGCAUGUGUUAACACUCAGCAGUUGUCCGAGUGCAGCAGUUCUCCUAGUAUGGCCAAAGGAGCCUUAUAGAUACAGCAUACUUUUUAUUUCAGAUUUGCAUGCUGCAUCUCUGAACCUAAAACAACCAUGGAUCUAUAAAGAUUCAGUGAAAGUAGCAAUCUUAGGGAGCCCCUAGUGGUUAAAGGUUUUUGCUGUCUCUUAAAAGAAAAUGGCUGAAUUUUUUAGAGGAUGGGCCAGACACAAAUACAGGCCAAAGGGGUGUGAAGGAGCUGUAGGAAUUGGUCUGUAAAAACUGGACUGCACUGUGCUAGGGAUGUUUUGGCAUGUACAUGCUGUAAACAUACACUCUUGUUAAUGUCUCUCAUUUCUCCUUGAGCAUAUAUGUGUACACUACUGUAUGGAAGCAUUCGCAUACCCAUUUGAAUCCUGGACAGUGGCUGGCCCAUAUUUUCUGGCUACGACUGUACACAUGACUUCAUUUUUGCCAUUCACCCCAUUCACUACUACAAAGAAUUCAUCUACCUCAAUUGUGUGUGGUGUAGCUGAUAUGUAACUGUACCAAAGAUCCCAUGCAUUCAGGGAGAGUUUGUGUCUCAUCUUUUCUAACCAAAUGUGCUGGAAUCAAUCUGAAAGCGCUAAUCACAGUUUUAUCUACAGACAAAGAUAAAACAUACAUACAGAAGGAGAACAUAUUAGAUGUCUGUGUGUUGACAGGGAAAUAAAAAUCAUCGAUGCAGAUACCAAAUGGGACAAUCGAAGCAGGAAAGGGUGGUCUUGCUGUAUUUUUGAUUGUUUAUUCUUCCCACAAGAGUGUAACCAGUUAAAAAAUAAAAUAAAAAAAGAAUAGUUGACAGUUGAAUAUAGAUGACUUAAGAGCCAAACUUGACUAAAACUGUAAAGUGUCUGUUCAUAAUAUAGUUACAGCCACUGGACACCUUUUGUAAUUUGUCUAAAUAGAAUCUAAUUUUAGAAGACAAUGUUACAUUGCUAGAGAACUUUUGAAGUAUAUACACUGACCUUUCAGCUUGUAGAACUGAAAGACACUUUAGAACAAAAGUUGGCAUCUGAUUUUCUUGUUUAAAAGGUGUUCGAUAUUGUGAUCUCUAAAACAUAUAAAGGUUACAGGUACCAAAAAGCUUUAAAGUCAUUGCCAUUCAUCGUGUUUGUGUCGGUUUUUAUUUGGGACAUUUGUCAGUAAGUCAUUGUGCCAUUCUCUCCUCAUGUUAACCUAUGAAUGUUGCUAACCAACCAAAGGUUUUGAAUCAUGACAGUCUACGUGUCAAUCAUAACUGGAUGUUGUGUACCAAUUUUGAAAAUCCUUUGAUACCUCAUGUGAAAUUGUUUGUGGUGAUGUUGCACUAAUAAAA